AGCGACGCCUCCCCCGUGAAGGACCCCAGGGGGUGAGUGUCCGCGGCGAGUGCCUGAACCCGGCAGCGAAGAAGGGAACAAACAAACAGUCGGAGCGAUGGGGAAAGGCGGCGGCCCGUUCGACCGGCUCCUCGAAAAAGCAACAAGCCAGUUACUUCUUGAAACUGACUGGGAGUCGAUUCUACAGAUCUGUGACCUGAUUCGGCAAGGAGAUGCUCAGGCCAAGUACGCAAUUGGCGCCAUCAAGAAGAAGCUGAACGACAAAAAUCCCCACGUGGUCCUCUACACUUUGGAGGUUCUGGAGUCUGUGGUGAAGAACUGUGGGCAGACGGUUCACGAUGAGGUGGCAAAUAAACAGACGAUGGAGGAGCUCAAAGAGCUGUUCAAGAAACAGACGGAGACCAACGUUCGCACCAAGAUCCUGCAGCUGAUCCAGGCCUGGUCACAGGCCUUUCGCAACGAGCCCAAGUAUAAAGUGGUGCAGGACACCUACCAGAUCAUGAAGGUGGAAGGCAAUACGUUCCCAGAAUUUAAAGAGAGUGACGCAAUGUUUGUUUCUGAAAGGGCCCCGGAUUGGGUGGACGCUGAGGAAUGUCACCGGUGCAGAGUACAGUUUGGAGUGGUGACCAGAAAGCAUCACUGCAGGGCGUGUGGGCAGAUCUUCUGUGCAAAAUGUUCCUCCAAGUCCUCCACCAUCCCCAAGUUUGGGAUCGAGAAAGAAGUCCGUGUUUGCGAGCCAUGCUUUGAGCUGCUGAACAAGUUAGUAAACGUUGGCCUUGAUGUGCAAGACGGAACUGCAGAUGCUGGUUUAAACCGAAGAAAGGAAGAACUUGACACCAGUACCAUGAAAUCCGAGGCCAAGCCACCUGCCACCGCACCCGUCGACCUGCCCCCAGAAUACCUAACUAGCCCUCUCUCCCAGCAGUCUCAGUUACCUCCCAAGCGUGAUGAAGCUGCCUUGCAGGAAGAAGAGGAACUUCAGCUGGCCAUAGCCCUGUCGCAGUCUGAGGCUGAAGAGAAAGAGAGAGCGAGACAGAAGAACACCUACUCCAUGUACCCAAAGGCUGAGCCAAGCCCAGUCACCUCAUCAGCCCCACCGGUCAGCAGCCUCUACUCGUCCCCUGUGAAUUCUUCUGCCCCGACUGCCGAAGAGAUCGAUCCUGAGCUGGCUCGCUACCUGAAUCGGACCUACUGGGAGAAGAAGCAAGAGGAAGUUCGGAAGAGCCCGACCCCCUCGGCCCCCGUCUCCGUUGCGGAGUCGACCGUGCAGCCGGUGGAGCCCCACCCGGCCCCCGUCACGGUGGUGGAGCAGCAGUACCAGAACGGCGAGUCGGAGGAGAACCACGAGCAGUUCCUGAAGACGCUGCAGAACUCGGUGGUGACCUUUGUGAACCGCAUGAAGAGCAAUCACAUCCGUGGCCGCAGCAUCACCAACGACACCGCCGUGCUCUCCCUCUUCCAGUCCAUCAACAGCAUGCACCCUCAGCUGCUGGAGCUGCUUAACCAGCUGGACGAGAAACGCCUGUACUACGAGGGGCUCCAGGACAAGCUGGCCCAGAUCAGGGACGCGCGCGGGGCCCUGAACGCUCUGCGAGAGGAGCACAGCGAGAAGCUGCGGCGAGCGGCCGAGGAGGCUGAGAGGCAGCGGCAGAUCCAGCUGGCCCAGAAACUGGAGAUCAUGCGGCAGAAGAAGCAGGAGUACCUGGAGAUGCAGAGACAGCUGGCCAUUCAGCGGCUGCAGGAGCAGGAGAAGGAGCGCCAGAUGCGGCUGGAGCAGCAGAAACAGACCAUUCAGAUGCGGGCACAGAUGCCAGCCUUCCCACUGCCCUACGCACAGCUGCAGUCCAUGCCCGCUGCUGGCGGGGUGAUGUACCAGCCAUCGGGCCCGGCCAACUUCCCCGCCACCUUCAGCCCGGCGGGCUCGGUGGAAGGAUCGCCCAUGCACACCGUCUACAUGAACCAGGCGGCCCAGCCCGGCACAGCACCCUACCCCUCCAUGACCGUCACCGGAGCAGACCCGGCCAUGGUGAACCCCUACAUGUACCAGACGGCACCGCCCAGUGGCCACACCGGCCAGCAACCCCAGCCCGUGCCCACCACCAACCCCGGCUACUCCAGCUACCAGCCUACGCCCACACACAACUUCCAGAAUGUGGCGUCGCAGGCCCAGCCGCUGCCAUCUCUCCCCCCACCCCAGCCAGGUGGCCUGGGCUACUCCGUGCCCAUGGGCUACCAGCCCUACAACAUGCAGAACAUGAUGCCAGUGCCGCCUGUACAGGAUGCACCCAUGGGCAAUCUGCCCCCUCAGCAGCCCUACCUGCCAGCACAGCAGCCCAUGUACCAGCAGAUGGCGCCCCCUGGAGCACCGCCGCAGCAGCAGCAGCAGCAACAGCAGCAGCAGCAGCAGCAGCAGCAGCAGCAGCCACCGCCGCAGAUCCAGCAGCAGCCAGGCUCCGAGGCUCAGCUCAUCUGCUUCGACUGACCCCCCACCCCCCCUCCCUCUCCCCCCCUCCCCACACA